AUGUACAUCACUCUGUACUUCCUAGUCACUCGCCUCCCUGACUCCCUUCGAGUAGUCAGGGACCACUUUCUCUCAGUCUGUCCCACCACAUUCACUUUAGACCUCCUCGAGAAGGCCCUUCUUGCGAUAGAGAAGAGCAUAGUCGCUGUAGGAGCCUCUCGAGGUGACCCGCGCACCCCCAUCUUUGAGGGGUGUUCUCCCUCCCCCCUGCUGCCCUCUGUUGCCUCUGCUGCUGCGGCCAACAUCCUUGGUCUUGAGUCGGUCGGUGCGGCGUCUGCCCCUAGUGGGAGAUGCCGCCCUGGCAAGGGCAAGGGGGGCAAGGGAGCUGGAGGAGCGGGCGGUGGAGGUGGAGGUGGAGGCGGUGGCGGGAGUGGGGUUGGCGGUGGGAGUGGAGGUGGGGGUGGGGGGGCCGGUGGCGGCAGUGGAGGCGGAGGCGGCGGCGGCGGUGGCGGUGGGAGCGGAGGUGGCGGAGGAGGGGCGGUGGAGGCGGCGGCAGUAGUGGAGGCAGCGGAGGUGGCGGAGGCGGCGGGGGUGGCGGUGGAGCUGGUCGCGGGUCUUCGCAGAGGAGUGGCUCCGGUGGUGGCUCACGCCAGCAGCAGCAGCGCGGUCUGUGGGGGUGCGCACCCCACCCUGCGCUGCUUUGGCCGCCUGACAAACGUGUGGCGUCACCAUUUCCCGGAGGCCUCAGAGAUCCCUCGCUGGGGCGAGCUGUCUAGGGCGGGUGUUGCCAUCUUUGAUCUUGACUUUGAUGCUAUUCUCUCUGCCAUGUAUGCUGUGUCUAUUAGUGAUGAGGGUGACUGUUACCGGUGUUUCCCGCCCGAUCCGGGCAUUGAAUCUGCUGCUCUAUGUACUGGUGCGGCUGCUGCCCUAGGUGCUUGCGACGCUGCUGCUCUAGGUGCUAGUGUGUCUGCGUCCUCAGGUACUGGUGAGUCUGCGCUCUCAGGUACUACGUCGGCUUCGGCCUCCCUCACCUUCACCCUUGACUCUGGGGCGUCUCGCUCCUUCUUUCGAGACCGCACCACACUCACGCUGCUUAGUCGGCCGGUUGCGGUGUCUCUGGCUGACCCCUCCGGGGGUCCUGUACUGUCUCGCUUCUCCACAGUCCUCCCGUGUCCGGCGGCUCCCUUUGGCACCCUAUCUGGACUCUACCUCCCCUCGUUCUCGACGAACCUGGUGAGUGGUGCUGACCUACAAGAUGCGGGUGUCCACCAGUUCACUCCUGCGUGUCAGCGAAAAUGGGAUUGCUGA